UUAUUUCUUUUAUAGCAUUGUUACUAUAGCACAACCAUGACAGGUGACUUUCUUAUUCAAUUUGAUUCAUAUGAGAGCUUUAAUCCAGAAUAGUUAAUCAUAGUCGAGGCUAUUUAUCUUCUGAAUGUAUGAACAAAGCAAACGUAUCAUGUCCUUUCUUUUCUGUGGAUAAAAGUAGUUGGUGGCAAUGGAAAAUUGCAUUUAUGUUGUUAAAAUUCACAAGUCAGUGUAACUUAGUGAAGACGUAAAACUCGUACGAGGAAAGAAGUUUCUUUGUGUUUGAUUAUGAGACCACUGAGACGUCCCAACUUCCGUAUGUACGCAUGUAAAAAGGGGGAAGUAACACAGGAAAAUGCUUUUUGAAAAGUGCUACAGCAGCGUCUCUGUGCUUUCUAAUGAAUGCUGCAUGCUUAUUGAUACAUGCGUAUAUGUGCACAUUUGUAUCACUCAGAUCAGCCAUGAAGCUGUUUCCACAUCACCCUGUUAUUUGGUCCAGUUUGUUGGUUUUGUGGUUCACACAAUGUGAAUCUGAGGGCCACACUUUGAAUGCCUGUCAAGAGAAAAUGGAUGACCAGUACAAGUUGGGUAUGGUUCUCAUACGGACUUCAGCUCAGCAGGAUUCCUAUGAAGACCUUACAGAUAUAAAGGAGAAGUUUAUCUGCCUCCUCUACCCAACAAAUGAGCUCAACUGCUCCUGGUCAUUCAACACUUUAGAGAAGGAUACUAAGCUCUCUGUGUUUAUCAGCAUUUGUGAUGAUGAAAUACUGGUUGAGUCACUAAACUAUACUUCUGUGGAAAGAGCUGGAUCAGCGUCUUUGAUUCUCAGCAAUAAUAUGGCAGAAGUCAUCCUUCAUUUGAACAAGUCCAUGCAGAACAAGUGGACGUCUUACACCUACGUGUAUGACAUGGACAUGCUGGAGCUCCUUUCUCCACCUCCAAACAUCUAUGCUUCAGUCAAAGGUGGAGCCCUGGUUGUAUCAUGGGGUCUGCCUCGCACCAGAGAAGUCGUUAACUCUUAUUGUUUUGAAUACCAGCUGGACAAAGGUGAUCAGGAACAGCCAAUAUACUUGAUCGCCCAGCAGUCUUACAGAGAGCCAGUUUCAGAUGCCACACGCACCUACAAACUGAGAAUGAGGACACGAAUAACAAACACCUGCUCUGGAUCAUCUCAGUGGAGUGAAUGGAGUGAUGGUGUUGUCGUGCAGAAUGAUUCAACCGAUGGCUGGUGAUCCAGUGUCAGCGACUGGUUGAAGGGCUAGUGUCUGAAAGCCUUAGUAAAUGUUAUUAUUUUUGAAACUUUCCUUUCUUGGUCAUAUUCUUUCUUGGCCCUGUGAAACUGCAUUUCGUUGCCCUGUACCUGUGCAUGUGCAAUGACAAUAAAGUUGAAUUCUAUUUUAUUCUA